AUGCCGGCUACAGAGAAGGACCUUGCUGAAGAUGCGCCCUGGAAAAAGAUCCAACAGAACACGUUCACCAGGUGGUGUAACGAACACCUGAAAUGCAUCAACAAACGAAUCAACGACCUACAAAAGGACCUGAGCGACGGGCUUAAACUCAUAGGACUUCUGGAAGUUUUGAGCCAAAAGAAAAUGUACAGAAAGUAUCACGCCAGACCCAAUUUCAGGCAAAUGAAACUGGAGAAUGUGUCUGUCGCGUUGGAAUUCCUCGAGCGAGAGCAUAUCAAACUGGUGUCAAUAGACAGUAAAGCUAUAGUGGAUGGGAACCUGAAGCUGAUCCUGGGCCUCAUAUGGACUCUCAUUCUUCAUUACUCCAUCUCCAUGCCUAUGUGGGAAGAUGAGGAUGAUGAAGAUGCAAAAAAGCUCACUCCUAAGCAGCGCCUUCUGGGCUGGAUCCAGAACAAAGUUCCUCAGCUGCCCAUCAAUAACUUCCACCGUGACUGGAGGGACGGCAAGGCUCUGGGAGCCCUGGUGGACAACUGUGCACCUGGUUUGUGUCCUGACUGGGAGACAUGGGACCCCAGUCAGCCUGUGGAGAAUGCCAGAGAGGCCAUGCAACAGGCUGAUGACUGGUUAGGUGUGCCUCAGGUAAUUGCUCCAGAGGAGAUUGUGGACCCGAAUGUGGACGAACACUCUGUAAUGACGUACCUGUCCCAGUUCCCCAAAGCCAAACUCAAACCUGGUGCCCCACUCCGCCCCAAAACCCUGCACCCCAAGAAAGCGAAGGCCUAUGGACCAGGUAUUGAGCCCCGGGGAAACGUGGUGCUGAGACCAGCGGAGUUUAUCGUGGAGACAGUAGAGGCAGGACUUGGGGAGGUGCUGGUGUAUAUAGAGGACCCAGAAGGUCACACAGAAGAGGCCAGAGUGAUUCCUAACAAUGACAAGACUCGCAGCUACUCUGUGGUCUAUGUGCCUAAGGUGGAAGGACUGCACAAGGUGAAAGUGCUUUUUGCUGGGCAGGACAUUGACAGAAGUCCCUUCCUGGUGAAUGUCUCAAAGGCACUGGGAGACCCCAAUAAGGUUCAGGCUCGUGGGCCAGGCCUAGAGCCAGUGGGCAACAUGGCCAAUAAGCCCACCUAUUUUGACAUCUACACAGCAGGUGCUGGAGCUGGUGAUGUGGGUGUGAUCAUUGUGGACUCUCAGGGCCGGCGUGACACUGUGGAAAUUAUUCUGGAAAACAAGGGCGAUAGUAUUUUCCGUUGUACUUAUGGGCCUGUGUUAGAGGGUCCACACACAAUCUAUGUCACAUUUGCUGGCCAGCAGAUACCCAGAAGCCCUUUCACUGUUCACAUCUCUGAGGCAAGUAACCCCAAUGCCUGUCGUGCCACGGGGCGAGGCCUGCAGCCAAAGGGUGUGAGAGUGAAGGAGGUGGCAGACUUUAAGGUGUACACACGUGGGGCAGGAAGUGGAGAGCUGCGAGUCCAGGUUAAAGGGCCAAAGGGUGGAGAGGAGCCAGCGAAGGUGCGUGAGGCUGGAGAAGGUUUAUAUGAAUGUGAAUACUAUCCCAUCAUACCAGGAAAAUAUGUAGUCACCAUCACCUGGGGUGGCCAUGCCAUCCCCCGCAGUCCGUUUGAGGUAGUAGUGAGUGAGGAUGCAGGACCACAGAAGGUCAGGGCUUGGGGUCCUGGGCUGGAGACAGGCAUGGUGGGAAAAUCGGCUGACUUUGUUGUAGAGGCCAUAGGCAUGGAGGUUGGAACUCUGGGAUUUUCCAUUGAGGGCCCAUCUCAGGCUAAGAUUGAGUGUGACGAUAAGGGGGAUGGUUCUUGCGACGUUCUCUACUGGCCCACUGAGCCUGGUGACUAUGCUGUUCAUGUCAUCUGUGAUGAUGAAGAUAUUAAAGACAGCCCCUUCAUGGCCCAUAUCCUCCCGGCAGCCAAUGACGUCUUCCCUGACAAGGUGAAAUGCUAUGGUCCAGGGUUAGAGCCCACAGGCUGCAUUGUGAAUAAGCCAGCUGAGUUUACCAUUGAUGCCCGUGGAGCUGGCAGAGGCCAGCUGAAGAUCUAUGCCCAGGAUGCAGAGGGGUUCCCCAUUGACAUCCAGAUCACAGAUAAUGGAGACAGCACUUUUUUCUGUGUGUAUGUCCCGACCAAGCCUAUUAAACACACCAUUAUCAUCACCUGGGGAGAGGUCAAUGUUCCCAACAGCCCCUUCAGAGUGAUCAUAGGAGAGGGCAGUCACCCGGAGAAUGUCAAAGUUUAUGGGCCUGGUGUGGAGAAGACAGGUCUUAAGGCUAAUGAGCCAACAUACUUCACUGUAGACUGCAGUGAGGCUGGGCAAGGUGACGUCAGCAUUGGUAUUAAGUGUGCUCCUGGAGUGGUGGGUCCAGCAGAGGCCGACAUUGACUUUGACAUCAUCAAAAAUGACAAUGACACGUUUACAGUGAAAUACACACCCCCAGGCCCUGGACGCUACACCAUCAUGGUGCUAUUUGCUGACCAGGAAAUACCCAUCAGCCCCUUCCGGAUAAAAGUGGACCCUUCCCAUGAUGCUAAUAAGGUGAAAGCAGAAGGCCCUGGACUCAACAAGACAGGGGUUGAGGUUGGCAAGCCAACCCAUUUCACUAUCUACACUAAAGGAGCAGGCAAAGCCAUCCCGGAGGUGCAGUUCACAGGAGCAGCUAAAGGAGAGGCUGUCAAUGACUUUGAGAUCAUUGACAAUCAUGAUUAUUCUUUCACUGUACGAUACACUGCCAUGCAACAGGGCAACAUGAGCAUCUCUAUCUGUCAUGGGGGAGAUCCUAUCCCUAAAAGCCCCUUCAACAUCAGUGUUGCCCCUCCACUAGAUCUCAAUAAAAUCAAAGUUCAAGGGCUCAACAACAAGGUUGAUGUUGGGAAGGACCAGGAGUUCACAAUAAACACACGAGGAGCUGGUGGCCAGGGUAAAGUGGAUGUAAAGAUCACCUCACCAUCUCGGCGACCAAUCCCAUGCAAAGUGGAAUCAGGCACAGCCAAUGAAGUACACACUGUGAAGUACAUCCCCCCCGAGGAGGGGCCAUAUAAAGUGGAUAUCACCUAUGAUGGAAACCCUGUACCAGGAAGCCCCUUCACUGUGGAGGGGGUCAUGCCCCCUGAUCCCUCAAAGGUACGUGCGUAUGGCCCUGGCCUGAAGGGUGGCAUUGUGGGUAAACCCGCCCCUUUCGCUAUUGACACUAAGGGGGCAGGGACAGGCGGCCUGGGUCUGACGGUGGAGGGUCCAUGCGAGGCCAAGAUCGAGUGUCAAGACAACGGCGAUGGUUCCUGCUCUGUCUCUUACCUGCCUACUGAACCAGGAGAGUAUGCCAUCAACAUCCUGUUCGCUGACCAGCACAUCCCUGGCUCUCCCUUCAAGGCUGUAGUACAGUCUGUCUUCGAUCCCAGCAAGGUAACAGCCAGUGGCCCAGGCCUGGAAAGAGGGAAAGUCAAUGAAGCAGGCUCCUUCACGGUGGACUGCUCCAAAGCCGGUGAGGCUGAACUCACCAUUGAGAUCAUCUCAGACUCGGGUGCUCAAGCAGAGGUGCAUGUUCAGAACAACAGUGACGGCACAUACUCCAUCACCUACAUACCUCCUUUCCAUGGCAUGUACACCAUCACUAUCAAGUAUGGAGGACAUGCAGUGCCCAAGUUCCCUGCUCGAGUGCAGGUAGACCCUGCUGUUGACACCAGUGGAAUUAAAGUUUAUGGUCCAGGAGUGGAGCCUAGAGGAGUCCUCAGAGAGGUGACCACACACUUCAUUGUAGAUACCCGUGCUCAGAGUAAAGCCGGCGGUAAUGAUAUAAAGGCGCGCAUUGUCAACCCCUCAGGUGCCAGCACAGAUGUCUACAUCACUGACAAAGGAGAUGGCACAUACAGAGUGGAAUACACAGCAUAUGAGGAUGGUAUGCAUCUGAUUGAAGUGCUGUAUGGUGAUGUGGCUGUACCUAAGAGUCCAUUUAGAGUUCAAGUAACAGAAGGCUGUGACCCAAGCCGUGUGCGGGCUUAUGGUCCUGGUCUGGAGGAGGGUCUUGUGAACAAGCCCAACCGCUUUACAGUGGAGACAAGGGGUGCUGGCACAGGUGGUCUGGGUCUUGCCAUUGAAGGACCCUCUGAGGCUAAGAUGUCCUGUAAGGAUAAUAAAGAUGGCAGCUGCAGUGUAGAGUACAUCCCCUUCACUCCUGGUGACUAUGACGUCAACAUUACGUUUGGAGGCUUGUCCAUCCCAGGAAGUCCAUUCCGCGUCCCUGUGAGGGAGCUGGUGGACCCCAGUAAGGUGAAGUGCUCUGGCCCAGGACUGGGGAGUGGGGUCCGUGCUCAUGUCCCACAGACUUUCACUGUGGACUGCAGCAAAGCAGGCCUGGCUCCACUGGAGGUGCUGCUCUAUGGACCCACAGGUGUGGCUGAGCCAGUUAAUAUCACUGAUAAUGGUGAUGGUACACACACGGUGAUUUACACUCCUGCAAAGGAUGGCCCUUACACAGUGUGUGUCAAAUAUGCUGACCAAGAGGUCCCACGAAGUCCAUUUAAAGUAAAGGCUUUACCAGCUCAUGAUGCCAGUAAAGUGCGUGCUAGUGGUCCUGGUCUAAAUGCCUCUGGAGUGCCAGCCAGUCUGCCCGUUGAGUUCACCAUUGAUGCCCGCGACGCAGGGGAGGGGCUCCUAACUGUUCAGAUCCUGGACCCAGAAGGAAAGCCAAAGAAGGCAAAUAUCCAUGAUAACAGAGAUGGCACGUAUACAGUGUCCUAUGUGCCAGACAUGACAGGUCGCUACACCAUCACCAUCAAGUAUGGAGGAGAUGAGAUCCCAUACUCUCCCUACCGCAUCCAUGCCCUGCCUACUGGAGAUGCCAGCAAAUGUCUUGUCACAGUCUCCAUUGGAGGACAUGGAUUGGGCUCGGGUCUGGGACCCACCAUUCAGAUUGGUGAGGAAACAGUCAUCACUGUUGAUGCAAAGGCUGCUGGGAAAGGAAAAGUCACCUGCAAAGUAUCAACACCUGAUGGGGCUGAACUGGAUGUGGAUGUUGUGGAGAAUGCAGAUGGAACCUUUGAUAUCUACUACACAGCACCUGAGCCAGGAAAAUACGUCAUCACCAUCCGAUUUGGUGGGGAGCACAUUCCCAACAGCCCCUUCCAUGUGGUGGCAUCUGAUACCAUUCCAAUAAUUGAGGAGCCAUGUGAUAAAGUGCAGUUACAGCAGCCCUACACACCCUACCAGGGCUACUCCCCUCACUGGGCCACAGAGGAGCCUGUUACUGCUGUUGAUACCAUGGAACCUAUGCUCCGCCCCUUCAAUCUGGUCAUUCCAUUCACUGUACAGAAAGGAGAGAUCACAGGUGAAGUUCGUAUGCCGUCGGGUAAGACCGCCCAUCCACACAUCACAGACAAUAAGGAUGGAACAGUCACAGUAAAAUACGCACCCACUGAAAAAGGCCUUCAUGAGAUGGACAUCAAAUAUGACGGCAACCACAUACCGGGAAGUCCACUGCAGUUUUAUGUGGAUGCUAUUAACAGUGGCCAUGUGAAUGCCUAUGGGCCUGGCCUGAGUCAUGGCAUGGUCAACAAGCCUGCUACUUUCACCAUCGUCACUAAGGACGCUGGAGAAGGUGGUCUGUCUCUGGCAGUAGAGGGACCAUCCAAGGCUGAGAUUAGCUGUAAGGAUAAUAAAGAUGGCACUUGCACUGUGUCUUAUCUGCCUACUGCUCCUGGAGACUAUAAUAUCAUUGUAAAGUUUGAUGAUAAACACAUCCCUGGGAGCCCCUUCACAGCCAAGAUCACUGGUGAUGACUCUAUGAGGACAUCUCAGCUGAACGUUGGCACUGCCACAGAUGUCUCUCUGAAGAUCACAGAAACAGACCUCAGCUCACUCACUGCCACCAUCAGAGCGCCAUCAGGCAACGAAGAGCCCUGUUUGUUGAAGCGGCUACCUAACCGACACAUUGGAAUCUCCUUCACUCCUAAGGAAGUGGGAGAGCAUGUGGUGAGUGUGAAGAAGAAUGGAAAGCACGUUACCAACAGCCCUUUUAAGAUCAUGGUCGGUCAGUCAGAGAUUGGAGAUGCCAGCAAGGUGAAGGUAUUCGGGAAAGGGCUGCUAGAAGGACACACCUUUGAGGUAGCGGAAUUCAUCGUGGACACCAGGAAUGCAGGUUAUGGUGGACUAGGCCUGUCUAUUGAGGGUCCCAGUAAAGUGGACAUCAAUUGUGAGGAUAUGGAGGAUGGUACGUGCAAAGUGACAUACUGCCCCACAGAGCCGGGCACAUACAUCAUCAACAUCAAAUUUGCUGACCAGCACGUGCCGGGAAGUCCAUUCACAGUGAAGGUGUCUGGUGAGGGCAGGAUGAAAGAGAGCAUUACUAGGAAGAGGCAGGCACCCACCAUCGCUACUGUAGGCAGCCCCUGUGACCUCAACCUCAAAAUCCCAGGGAACUGGUUUCAGAUGGUGUCAGCUCAGGAGAGGCUGACGCAUACAUUCACACGCAGCAGCCACACGUAUACACGCACCGAACGCACAGAGAUCAGCAAGACGCGUGCAGGAGAGACCAAGAGGGAGGUGCGCGUGGAGGAGAGCACCCAAGUUGGGGGUGACCCCUUCAGAGACAUGUUUGGAGGAUUUCUGGGCAGAGAGAGCCUGGGUACCUUCAGUGGCAUCCAAGCAAGACAGCCUGAGGGUGAAACAGGCACCCAGGAGAUGACGGCACAGGUCACCAGCCCCAAUGGUAAGACAGAUGAUGCUGAGAUCAUUGAGGGUGAGGACAGCACCUACAGUGUCCGUUUCAUACCCCAGGAGAUGGGUCCUCACACAGUCAACGUCAAAUACAGAGGCCAGCAUGUCCCUGGUAGCCCCUUCCAGUUCACAGUGGGGCCAUUAGGAGAAGGAGGAGCUCACAAGGUCCGGGCUGGAGGCACAGGUCUAGACCGAGGAGUGGCCGGAGUGCCAGCUGAGUUCAGUAUCUGGACUCGAGAGGCUGGAGCCGGCGGUCUGUCCAUAGCUGUGGAGGGUCCCAGCAAGGCUGAGAUCUCCUUUGAGGAUAGGAAGGAUGGCUCUUGUGGGGUUGCCUAUGUGGUCCAGGAGCCAGGUGACUAUGAAGUGUCCAUCAAGUUCAACGAUGAACACAUCCCUGACAGCCCUUUCAUCGUUCCCAUAGCAACACUAUCUGAUGACGCCCGGCGACUUACUGUGACUAGCUUGCAGGAGAUGGGUCUGAAGGUGAAUCAGGAGGCUUCAUUUGCAGUGCAGCUGAAUGGAGCAAGAGGUGUAAUUGAUGCUAAGGUACAUACGCCCUCUGGUGCAGUGGAGGAGUGUUACAUCACAGAGCUGGACAAUGAUCAACACGCCAUCCGGUUCAUUCCACGGGAGAACGGCGUUCAUUCCAUUGACGUCCGGUUUAAUGGCAGCCACAUACCUGGCAGCCCCUUUAAAAUUCGUGUAGGGGAACAGGGGCAAGUAGGAGACCCUGGAAUGGUGUCUGCUUUCGGGCCAGGCCUGGAGGGAGGGACCACGGGUGUGCCCUCUGAGUUUAUUGUGAACACGUGCAACGCUGGGUCAGGUGCCCUAUCAGUUACCAUUGACGGGCCAUCCAAGGUGAAGAUGGAUUGCCAAGAGUGUCCGGAGGGCUAUAAAGUUACGUAUACACCUAUGGCCCCAGGGAACUAUCUCAUCUCCAUCAAAUACGGAGGACCACAGCAUAUUGUAGGCAGCCCAUUCAAAGCUAAAGUCUCAGGCACUCGUCUCUCAGGUGGUCACAGCCUUCACGAGACCUCCUCUGUUCUGGUAGAGACAGUGACGAAGUCAUCCUCCGUGGCAGGUUCAUAUGGCUCCUUGCCUAAAUUUUCAUCUGAUGCCAGUAAGGUAGUCUCUCGAGGGGCUGGCCUCUCUAAGGCUUUCAUCGGACAGAAAAACACCUUCACAGUAGACUGCAGCAAAGCAGGAACGAAUAUGCUGAUGGUGGGAGUACAUGGACCGAAGACGCCCUGUGAAGAAGUGUAUGUCAAACAUAUGGGCAACAGAAUGUACAACGUCACAUACACAGUGAAGGAGAAGGGAGACUACAUCCUCAUUGUCAAAUGGGGUGAUGAGAUGGUGCCCGGCAGUCCUUUCCAUGUUACAGUGCCUUAA